AUGUUCAAGCUUGCCCGCAGCAAACCGGUUACGACAGCUUUGAGGGCUGCGACGGAAUCUUCCGUCCAGUCCCGUGUUGCUCAGCAAAAGAGAAACCUGUCGAUCCACGAAUACCUGUCUGCGAACCUGCUCAAGUCGUAUGGCGUCGGCAUGCCCAAGGGUGAAGUCGCCCGCUCCGCGGAGGAGGCUGAGGCCGUUGCCAAGUCCCUCGGUAAUGACGACAUGGUCAUCAAGGCCCAGGUCCUUGCUGGUGGUCGUGGUAAGGGUACUUUCGACAAUGGCCUUAAGGGUGGUGUGCGCGUGAUCUACUCGCCUACCGAGGCCAAGAUGUUCGCUAGCCAGAUGAUCGGACAGAAGCUCAUCACGAAGCAGACUGGCGCUGCUGGUCGUCUUUGCAACUCUGUCUACAUCUGUGAGCGCAAGUUCGCUCGCCGCGAGUUCUACCUUGCUGUCCUCAUGGACCGCGCCUCUCAGAGCCCCGUCAUUGUCGCCUCGUCGCAGGGUGGUAUGGACAUUGAGGCCGUCGCCAAGGAGAACCCCGAGGCCAUCAUCACCACUCCUAUUGACAUCAAGGUCGGUGUGACCGAUGCCAUUGCUCACAAGAUCGCCACCGAGCUCGGCUUCUCCGAGCAGUGCGUCGAGGAGGCCAAGGACACCAUCCAGAAGCUCUACAAGGUCUUCAUCGAGAAGGAUGCUACCCAGAUCGAGAUCAACCCUCUGUCUGAGACCUCCGACCACAAGGUCAUGGCCAUGGAUGCCAAGCUUGGCUUCGAUGAAAACGCCGAAUUCCGCCAGAAGGAGGUCUUCUCCUGGAGAGACACCACCCAGGAAGACGCCGAUGAGGUCAAGGCUGCCGAGCACGGUCUGAACUUCAUCAAGCUUGACGGUGACAUUGGAUGCCUGGUUAACGGUGCUGGUCUUGCCAUGGCCACCAUGGAUAUCAUCAAGCUCAACGGCGGUGCCCCCGCCAACUUCCUCGAUGUCGGUGGUGGUGCCACUCCCGCCGCCAUCAAGUCCGCUUUCGAGCUCAUCACCAGCGACCCCAAGGUGACUGCCAUCUUCGUCAACAUCUUCGGUGGUAUCGUCCGCUGCGACGCUAUUGCCCAGGGUUUGAUCAACGUCGUGCAGGAGAUGGGUCUGCGCACCCCCAUCGUUGCCCGUCUUCAGGGUACCAACAUGGAGCAGGCUCACAAGCUGAUCAACGAGUCUGGUCUCAAGAUCUUCUCCAUUGAGGAUCUCCAGAGCGCUGCUGAGAAGUCUGUCCAGUUCUCCAAGGUCGUCAAGAUGGCCCGCGAGAUCGACGUUGGCGUUGAGUUCACCCUUGGUAUCUAA